CGCUCCAACCACCAACAUCCAAAAGUCUAAGAAGGUCUAGAGAUGCUUGAUGCUUAGAGUCAAAGGACAACUUGCGUAUAUCUCGAGAGCACUGUAUCCCCCAUAACACCACCAUCCAUCAUCAACUUUUGGCUUUCUGUCUUAUUUCUUUGAUCAAUUGAUCCUCGAUCGACCGCGACGUGAUCUGCGAAGGGACUAUCUGUAAACCAUGCACGACUCAUCAUCACAACCAGCAAAAGACCCCGCCCGUGCGGCAUUCUUCGAUAUCCUCAAUGGAUCCAUGGCAGGCUCAGCAGGAAAACUAAUCGAAUACCCCUUCGACACAAUCAAAGUCCGCCUCCAAUCCCAACCCCACACCCUCCCCUCCCCCUCCUCCCUCUCCUCUUUAUCUGCCCCAAGUUCCGCUUUCGCUCCACCCCACUUCUCCGGCCCCCUCGACUGCCUCCGCCAAACCCUCCGCAACGAAGGCCCCACCGGCCUCUACCGCGGCCUCUCCUCACCCCUAAUCGGCGCAAUGGCCGAAAACGCGGUGUUAUUUUUCGUGUACGCACGCGCACAAACGGUGAUAAAGACGUGGCAAGGGCUGGGGGAGGAGGAGGAGUUGGGGAUUGGGGCACUGGUAGGGGCGGGGGCUAUUUCGGGGGCUGUUGCGAGUGGGGUUUUGACGCCGAUUGAGUUGGUGAAAUGCAAACUGCAAGUUCAGUCACUCCAACAUCCCACCUCCUCCACCGUCUCAGCACCGUCCCGCGGCACCGGCACUGCGGGUUUCCACACCAAAGCAGCUGGAGUGGUACACUCAGCACCGGGCCCGAUUGCUUUGAUCAAAGAAAUCUACCACGAAGCCGGCCUACAAGGCUUUUUCCGCGGCCAAACCGGCACCUUCCUCCGCGAGACAGGCGGAAGCGCAGCCUGGUUCGGCAUGAACGAGUACAUCAAACACAUCUUCCGCGCCUCGUCCCCAACCCCCCGCACAACCAACACAACCUCAGAAACCCUCAUCGCAGGAGCCUGUGCCGGAGUAUCAUACAACUUUUCGCUCUUCCCCGCCGACACGAUCAAAUCCCGAAUGCAGACCUCUACCAAGAAAGAGGGAGAGACCUUCGUGGGUGUUGCGAGGGAUAUUUGGAGGGCGAGUGGGGUGAGGGGGUUUUACCGCGGGUGUGGAAUUACGGUUGCUAGGAGUGCACCGAGUAGUGCGUUGAUCUUUUUUGUGUAUGAGAGGUUGGGGGAGGUGUUGAAGUGAGUGUGAGGGAGGGGGGGGCGUUAUAUAGAAGGCAUCAUUUGGGGUUUUGGACAAUGGAAUUGCAUUGAUAGAUGGGAAGAAUAGGCAGCAUCCGGUAUAUCAUAGGGACAGAGUAGUAUUAAUCGAUC